AUGCCUGGUAUUACUUGGGACGCUGAGGCCGAUCGUAAGAUCUUGCUCGCAGUCCUGAAGGAUCCAAGCGCCUCAGCCAACAUCGAUUGGGAGGCCCUUGCCGUAGAGCUCAGCACUGACACUGCUACUUGCACUGUCUCCGCCUUGAAGAAGCACAUCUCUCGUAUCCGCAUCGCCGCCAGAGACGACAAUGGACAGCCCUGCGCCCAAGACUCCUGCACCCAAGAAGGCAAAGNNGCCAAGGGUAACGGUACUGCUGGUUCCUCUGCCGGUCCCAAGACCAAGGGUAAAGGCAAGGCUGCUCCUAAGCGCAAGGCUGCUGAUGACUCGGACGACGACGACGAGGGUACUCCUCUGACCAAGAGGGUCCAGAAGGCUGCUCCUGACCAGGAAGGACUGAAGAUCAAGGCCGAGGACAGUGAUGCUGAAGCUUAG